UGAGAAUAGAAACGAGAAGGGUGUUCAUAAUAGUAGAUUCAUGAAUAUGAAUGCACAAUGUCCAUUUGCCUUUGAAGUUUCCUAUGUAUUAUCUCGACGAUGAGCGAGGUGUUUAGAUGAGCGCGGUAAAUGGGUUCGUGUUUCCAAUUGUACGUCGAACUUUUUUAAAAAUCGAACUUGAAGGGAGAUCUUCAAUGACGAAUAUAUUCGAAUAUAAUGAAGAUAAUUAUUCCGAAAGUAACGGUACGUUCUUGACAGUACUUCACAAUCUAAUGGAAAAUAAUACUACGUAAAAGUUCGAAGUAAAUACAAUUAUAAAAGAAAAAAGGAAACAAACGAUCAGCUUUUCGCAGGGCAUGUUUAAUAUCAUAACGAAAGUAAUAUACAUAUAUAUAAUCUUAUCUCUCUCUCUUCCUCUCAAGGCAAAAUAAUCCGAUCGAAAGGUUUUAGUCUUAUCGACGGAGCCAAUAGGAACGGUAGAUUUGUCGUCGGUAGAAUAGAUCCUUUUCGCGGCCGUGAACUUAGUGACAUUUCGUCGUCCAACGAUCGAUCGUCAAUGGCGCGUCGCGACGGCGUCGUUUUCAAGUGUUCGCGCAGGAUAUACGCGUUUUUAAUUGGUUAAGAACGAACGAAUGAAACGUAACUAUUAUAACGAGACGUAUAUACAAAAGUGUGUGUCGUGUGAUGAAUGCAGCACGAUCUUCUCGCGGAAGGUCAAUGAAGAUAGGAAAAGAGAUAAAAAGCACAAGAGAAGCGGAAAAAAUGCGAGAGGAACGUUCUUACGUAUGUAACAUACAUACGACAUGAGCAAAGGUGACUGCCGAUUUAUCGGCGUCCAGGAUACGAAUAGCCUUCUUACAGCUGACUACGAGAGAUGAUAUAACUGAAUUUACAAGUCGCGUGUCCUCUCUCUCUCUCUCUCUCUCUCUCUCUCUCUUAAAUAAGAGAGAAAGAGUAAGAGAUUAAAUGAAAAUCGAUUAUGUACAAUCUAAACGUGAACGUGAAUCCUAGUCCAACGGCUGCAGCGGGUCUUCUUGGUGUCGCGGCAGCCGAGGUCACUCCGAGGACACCGGAAAUCGUAAACUCCUUGAUCUCCAUGAUCAAUCCCUUCGAGAAUUAUGGCAACGAGAAAAGCAGGGAUCGUACCGACUCGACUAGCAGCGGUGAACCCAGUCCACCAAGCGUUCAACACACUUGUAGUCAGCUUAUCAAAGAAGGCCUGAAGUUGACGUUACAAACUAAGAGACGAGCAAACGGAAGUGGUGACGAGGGGAAGAAGAGGACUAAAAGAGAGGAUGGUAGUGCGGACGACGAGGAGGAGGACGAUGGGAGCAGCAACAACAACAACAACAACAACAACCGGGGUGGAUUGACACCAGAGGACGAGGAGAGACGACGGAGGAGACGAGAGAGGAACAAAAUAGCAGCUACCAAAUGUCGGCUGAAGAAACGUGAGAAGACGGUGAUUCUGGUGCAAGAGUCUGAGACCCUAGAAACACAAAAUCACGACCUCAAAUCACAAAUCCAGGAGUUGGAGAUGCAAAGGCGUAGAUUGGUUGAUAUGCUCAGUUUACAUGGGCCUACUUGUUUAAAACAAGGUGGUGCUACAGAUACCUCUUAUCAGCAAUACGCCGAACCGUUGCAUCUACCAAGUUACCAGGACAACUUCGUUCAGCCACCACCAGCUUUGAAUCAACCUCAGAACUGUGUCACGGAUUAUCCUGUCAAAGUCGAGGAAUACGAAGGUGAUUUCUAUCGGCAGGGAAGUCCUUACGUACCAACCACUGAUUCUGGUUGCACCGUUUAGCUUUAACUUUCUCUUUACGGUUUUUUCUGAGAGAAGAAUAUCAAUGAAUCGGCUUGAUCUUGAUCAAUAGUGGAAAGACUAUAUAUGCAUUCCACGUACAAAGAUGAUGAUGAUGAAGAACAAUGAUUAGACUAGUUUUGGAAUUUUUCUUAAAGGAUUUCUGUUGAUCAUGUUUCUUUAACCCUUUAAUGCAUUUAUUUCGUUGGGUAACUUUCAAGCAAAAGAUAUUAUAUCGCAUGGAAAAAUUAUAUACAAUAUUAACGUCUUAUUGUUUGUGCAUUUAAGGGUUAACAGAGAGAAUAAAUCGAGCAGAUUUUAAUUAAUCUUCUCUCAUUACCGUAACAAGUCCUUAGCUUGUAAGUUUAUAUUUUAUUAUUUGUGUAAAAUGCGAACAACUUUGUCUUUCCUUCUUCUUUUUUUUUAGCUUUACAUUUUCCAUUUCUCUUACAAAUCUGUCGUCCCUUAUUUACAUUUCCUUUCUCUCUCUCUCUCUCUCUCUCUCUCUCUUUUUUUUAACAUGCUCGUAAUGUUCGAUAGAGAACGCUCGAAGACAUUCCUUCGUAAUAACCGUACUGUGACAUUCUUGUUUAUUGUAAUUCGUACAAUAAACGGAUUCGAUCUUAAACGCUAUUUAAUUAUGCAAAAUAAUUCGCUUAUUGCAGAUAGUGCUGCAUGCGAUUUUCAAACAAUCAAAAGAUAUUUUUCAUUUAUUUGCUGACAAAAUAGAAUGCUUACCCAAUAUAUACGUUAAGUGUUUUUGUUGAUAUUGGCCUUUGAAGGAUACUUACAAUUAUUAUGGAUAUAUAAUUAAUGACAUUUAAUAUAAAUAUAUAUUAUACCUACAGGCAUAUAUACACAGUUAAUUAUUGAUGUACAUUUUACUAUACGACAGAUUGUUAGAUUUGUUAAAAAAAAUCAAAAAUAAGUGCCUAACGAUAUACCUCAGUUGUGGGUAGUUACCCUCCCUUGGUACGUUAAAAAAAAUUGAUCUUUUGAUUAUUCACACGCGCGCGCGCGCACGCACGCACACACUAUAUUAUUCUUAUAUACAUCCUGGAUGUAUAUUUUCGCGAAUAUUUUGUGGUUCUUUAUAACGAAACGUACCUUGGGUAUAUUAAAGAGUUCUUGCAAUUAACGUAAGUUAAUUAAAUUAUUAGCGCAGAACACUACGAUUAUUAAGAAUUAUGCUUAAAAUAGACAAAUCAAAUGCUUCUCCUUGUUAGAAUGCUGCUGCCAUAAAAUCAAAGUGAUCUAAGUAAUAAACGAAGUCUUCCUACGCUUCUUUUAAUUGAAGCGAAGAGAAGAUUUAUUUCUUAUGUUGUUAUUAUGUACGGGAUGAUUACAUAUACAAAAUUUUAUUACCUAUGAUAUAAGAAUAUAUUUAAAUAAGCGAACGGAUACAGUCACACACAUAUGGUGCUUUAGAUAUUUCCUUUUAUUAUUAUAUUAAAUUUUAUUAAGUUGCCUGAAGAGAGUAUUUAAUAAUUUAAUAGAAAUGUUAUAAGAUUAAUAAUCUCGCAUCUAAUUGGUGUCUAUUUCUUUCUAAUAAAUCAUUAUUUUAGGAACGAUUAAUAUAUAGGAUUCAAAUGCAUCUUCAAAUUUAUAUUGAAAAAGAAAAACAAAAAAAAAUACAAAAAACGAAACAAAAACAAAAAAAAAACCAAAAAAAAAACAAAAAGAAAACAAGAAAAAACAAAGUAUUUUUUUAUUCCUCUAUACACAUUUUCUUCAUCAUCUUUUUUCUUUUUUUUGUGAUUUUAAUUUUUUGUAAUUUUAACGUGCUUUAAUAUCGAAAAGAAGUAUUUCUUAUGCCUUAAAAUGUAUUUCUUAGAUGCAUAAGUGUUCGUACAUCCGAGUUAUUUCAGUAAUACUUUUGGCACCUGUUCUUGUAGCUAAAUAAAAAAUGCAUUACUGCCUUUAUGAAAUACAUAAAAAUGCACAUAAAACUGCUCGUUAAAACAUGUGCCUUGAUUUUGGAACAUUGCCAAUGUUCGAAAUUCAAUUUGAUCAUUUCUAGCAAAUGCAAUAAUGUUCUAAAGAGAUUUCUGCAAAAAAAGAUAUAAACCUGGACAAAUUUUUCGUUAUUUUAUAAAAAUUUUAUAUGUCCAGUUUUUUUUUGAUAGAAUUUUCUGAUUACUUUUUAUUUUUAUUUAUAUUACUGAUUCGAAAUUUGUAUUUUUUUUCUUUUUCAUAGUUAUUUUCUCGCACGAUAUUUUCCUAUCGAAAAUAAAAAUCGUAAAUAAUAUGCUAACAUAAUAUUAGCAAAAUGGCUUUAGAAAUUUAAUAUUGUAAAUUUAGAGAAAAUCAUUAAUUUUCUAAAUAAAAGUGCCUUGGAUAUGAAUAUUUAAGCGUUUUUAAAAUCCACCCAUAAAAAAAAAUCAAUUAUUUUUUCUUAUUUUAUUAUAAAACUCAUUAUAUUAUACACAUCUUAUGAAUCUAUUUCUAUAAAUCAUGAUAAAUUUAAUAAACAGGUUUUAUAUUAUAUAAAUUAAGUUAAAAUAGGAGCGGAGGACAGACCAGAUGAACUUAUUAUAGCUUAACAAUAUUUUUUAUAUAAUAUAAAUUUACGAACCCCUGUGAACAAUUAUAAACUGUUUAAUUUUGAAAUUUUAGAGAAAUUUUGAAAAAAUAAAUGUAGAUGGUACUUA